AGCAACUCUAUCGAGUUUAAGCAAAUGCAUAAAGUCAGCUUCCAGAACUAUUUAGCAAAAUUCUUUUAGUGCACUGAAGGAGACAGAAACCUUGCAACAAGAUGAACAUCGAAGUGGUUGAUUUUGGUGCAGCUGGCUUAGGGAAACCUGAGCCCUCAGCCACUGAAAUGGAGCAAAUAUCCAAAGAGAUCAUAAGAGCCUUCAGAGACAUUGGGUUUGUGUAUCUGAAAAAUACUGGAAUUGAAGAUCAAACUGUGUUUAGAAUGAUGGACAUCAGCAAGAAUUUCUUUCAGCUUCCGAAAGACAUUAAACAACAAUAUGCUCGUAUAGUGGACUGUGAGAUUCCAAGCCAAGGGUGGAUUGAAUUAGAAAGUUUAAACUCCACAAACUCUGAAGACCUGAAAGAAGUUUUUAAUCUAAUAUCGCUGUCUGAAAGUCAUAACUGGCCUGUUGACCAUGAUCCUGAGUUUACAAGGAGUAUGGAAUCAUUCUUCAAAGCCUGUUGGCAGCUGUCUGUCCGAGUCAUGAAAAUUAUUGCACUGGGUCUGGGCCUGGAGAGUGAUUUCUUUACGAGCAAACACAAACGAAUUGGGAGUAAUCAAAAUCCUACAACUUUGAGAACUGCAUACUACCCACAAAUACAGAGAUCCUCUGUGAAGGAAAAUCAAGUGCGAUGUGGAGAGCAUUCUGAUUAUGGGACAUUCACCUUACUCUUUCAAGAUAAGAACGGAGGGUUGGAGGUCAUGCACAAGUCUGGCCAGUUCAUUGCUGCUCCCUACAUUCCAAAUACUGUUCUACUCAACAUAGCUGAUACCCUACAAAGGUGGUCAGCUGACACACUGAUUUCCACGAAACAUAGAGUUCCAAUUCCACAGGCUGAUGACAUGCUGAACAAACCUCGACGGUCGGUGGCAUUCUUUGUUCAUCCAGAUCAUAAUGCAUCACUUGAAUGCUUUGGAGGAUUGGACAAGUACUCACCUAUCACCUCUCUUCAGUUCCUAAAGGAGAAUUAUGGUAAUUUAUUUAUAAGGGAUUCUUAUCCAACAAGUGAUUGAACAAGAUGGCAUCCACUGGACAUGCAUGAAUAUUUUUCAAGUUGCAAAUUUAAGUUAAUUAAAAGGAGUUAUCAAAGUAUUAAUGAGUUUAUUAGAAUAGCAGAAUACAAAAAUCAUUCAACUCAUAGGUUUUCUCUUAAUUUGAUAAAUUACCAAUUUCUGAAGCAUUGCAUACAACAGUGAAAAAUUAAGAAAAUUAGAGAUCAUUAAUUGGGUUGUUACCAGAUAAUGCCUAGUUGCAAAGAGAAAUCUAUUAUUGUUAUUGAUGUUAUAUGAUAACUAAAACAAAAAAGCCAAAAUCUCUUCAAAUGCUAUACUUUGAAUACACCUUUCUGAAUUUAUGGAAAUUAAUUCCUCACAAAUAUUUAAAUGACAUUAUUAAUAAAAGCUCAAUUUAAAAGGAAA